AUGGCCCAAGCUUUACAAAAAGGUGACAAUGAAAUUUUCUCACAAACUGGCGGUUUAGUUUACAUCGCUGUAGAAGAUAGUGAGAAGAUGGAAUUAUCUGUCAAAUUCCAGAAAUUCCUCAAAUCUCCGAGAUAUAUUGAAGAAAUGCCGGAAAUUUUCGACCAAACUAAAAAUUUCCAAGUUCCAUGGGCAGAAAUCGAGACAAAUAACUUGAUUCUGACUCUUCCAAAACAAAAAUACGAUAAAAUACAAGAUUUUCCGAAAUUUUGUAAUUUUAUUAACUCAGUUUGCACGAAAAUCUCCGAUUUCAUGCAUUAUACUAUCAGAAGACAGUUCAGAGUUGUUUUUGAUGUCCAAACACCAGGAGGAAAACCAAUUCCAGUCUAUCCAAUUUUCCUUUUGAUGGAAGACCUCGAUGACAUCAUUUUCAACUAUGAAAAGCCAACAUACGCGAUCUUUAACUUGUUUUACUCUCUUGCAUUUGUUUGCAUCAGAGAUAACCAGUUCACGAAGUCAACAGAAGUUGCUUUGUCCCAAUUAGUUGCUUCUCAACUGUUUUCUGAGUUUUAUAAUUUCGAUGUUUCAGAACACAGAGAUUACAUUGUUUCUCCUCUGUUUGACAUUCUUUGGAAGGUGCACAAACAGAUAAGUGACGCUGUAAUUCCAACAAUAUUCAAGAAUACAAAUGAAGAAAUUCCUGAAGAGAAAUUUGAUGAUGAAUCAAAGUGGGUUGAAUUUGUUUUGCAACUCUGCCAUUUGAGUAAGUUUAAUAUGGCAAAGGUACUUGAGAGAAUACAUAGAUUCCCUCUUAACAUUGCUACUGAAUUAGAGCUUUAUCCUGUUAGCGAUAUAUUUAACUAA